CAAAGUUAGUUUACUAGUUUGUGACAGAAGGUUCCAAUGGAGCGAUGAGUUGUACAACCCCAGUGUUUCAGUUGUAAGUGAAAAGUUGGAAUUGCAACGUGAUGGGAACCGGAACCCCGAGGACCCUUGUCUUCGCUGAUUCGGGGUCAGCGUUGGCAUGGUCAGCGUUGGCAUAGGGACGAUUCUUCGGUCCUCUGGCGAGGCAGCCCCUGCCAGGAGCCCCUCCUGUGCGGUCCUCUGUGCACGAGGGCCCUCAGGUGCCCCGACCGGUGACAGCGGUGGGUCUCCACGCAGCUGUGCUCGCAGAACCUGAAGCCUGGCCUGCGUGUGGCGGGGCCCCCCGAGUCCAGGCCCAGCUGCAGGAGCGUGUCUGAAGCAAGUGUGGGACCCCCAGAAACGGGUUUAAUCCCAAGGAUGAUAAUGAAGAUAAUUCAAAUGAUGGGACCCAACCAUCCAAAAGGAGGCGAAUGGGCUCAGGAGAUAGCUCUAGGAGCUGUGACACUUCCAGUCAGGAUCUUGGCUUUAGCUACUAUCCAGCAGAAAAUUUGAUAGAGUACAAAUGGCCGCCUGAUGAAACAGGAGAAUACUAUAUGCUUCAGGAACAAGUCAGUGAAUAUUUGGGUGUGACCUCCUUUAAACGGAAAUAUCCAGAUUUAGAGCGACGAGAUUUGUCUCAUAAGGAGAAACUGUACCUGAGAGAGCUGAAUGUCAUUACAGAAACACAGUGCACUCUAGGCUUAACAGCAUUGCGCAGUGAUGAAGUAAUUGAUUUAAUGAUAAAAGAAUAUCCAGCCAAACAUGCUGAAUAUUCCGUCAUUCUUCAAGAAAAAGAGCGCCAACGAAUUACAGAUCACUAUAAAGAAUAUUCUCAAAUGCAACAACAGAAUACUCAGAAAGUUGAAGCCAGCAAAGUGCCUGAGUACAUUAAGAAAGCUGCCAAAAAAGCAGCUGAAUUUAACAGCAACUUAAACCGGGAACGUAUGGAAGAAAGAAGAGCUUAUUUUGACUUACAGACACAUGUUAUCCAGGUGCCUCAAGGGAAGUACAAAGUGUUGCCGACAGAGAGAACCAAGGUCAGUUCUUACCCGGUGGCCCUCAUCCCUGGACAGUUCCAGGAAUAUUACAAAAGGUACUCGCCAGAUGAACUGCGGUAUUUGCCAUUAAACACAGCGCUUUAUGAGCCCCCCCUGGAUCCUGAGCUCCCUGCUCUCGAUAGCGAUGGUGAUUCAGAUGAUGCCGAAGAUGGUCGAGGUGAUGAGAAACGGAAAAAUAAAGGCACUUCGGACAGCUCCUCUGGCAACGUGUCUGAGGGGGAAGGCCUUCCUGAAGGCCAGGAGGAGCCUCUGCAGGGAAGACAGAGGUCCAGGGACAAGGCUGCUCCUCCACGAAAAGAUGCUUCCAAACGUUCUGUACUGUCCAAGUCAGUUCCUGGGUACAAGCCAAAGGUCAUUCCAAAUGCUCUAUGUGGAAUUUGUCUGAAGGGUAAGGAGUCCAACAAGAAAGGGAAGGCUGAAUCACUUAUACACUGCUCCCAGUGUGAUAACAGUGGCCAUCCUUCUUGCCUGGAUAUGACCAUGGAGCUUGUUUCUAUGAUUAAGACCUACCCAUGGCAGUGUAUGGAGUGUAAGACUUGCAUUAUAUGUGGACAACCCCACCAUGAAGAAGAAAUGAUGUUCUGUGAUGUGUGUGACAGAGGUUAUCAUACUUUUUGUGUGGGCCUUGGUGCUAUUCCAUCAGGUCGCUGGAUUUGUGCCUGUUGUCAGCAAGCCCCCCCAACACCCAGGAAGGUGGGCAGAAGGGGGAAGAACAGCAAAGAGGGAUAGGUUUUGACCCCAAUACUGUAACGUGCAUUUAAAUGAAGUAUUUGGUGCCAGUUUACAACAUUCUCAUUUUUAUGCCAAUAAAAGAUUUCUGAAACUGUGUGCUUAAAA